AAUGUGACGUGGAAAAGGCGGAAGGCCGCUUUUCAGUUCCCUGCCCUGGCUGCUGCUGCGGCCGAAAAAGGCAUCCUUCGGUCGGGUCGUCAGAGUUUGAAUCCGGCUGAUGCCUCCUUUUGCGUUUCGCCCCCUCUGAGUUCAAAACUAUUUGCGUUUCUGCCCUCUGCGGUCCUCCUCCCCCUUCAUUAAUGCUUCUCUCUCCCCCUGAGCCCAGCCGACCGCCACAAGUUUUAAGAGAGAGAGGGGGAGAGAAAAUAGGGGAUUUUGCGCAGUUCCAACUUCCAAGAAGAAGUCGAGAGAGAGAGGCUUGAGCUUCGAUCCGUGUGGUUGGAGUCGCGAUUUCCAAGUGUAGACGAGGAAGGGAGCCGGCAAGGAGCUGGUGCAAGGAAGGGUGUUGUAGGAUUUUAGAGGGUGGAGCCGUGGAGCUGGGUGGGGGGCGACGCCCAUGUGCGCGAGCUCGGCUGCUGCGUGAGGAGGGGAGAGGUGGUGCUGGUGGUGGGAGCGGCCCAGGGGGAAAGGGGAUGACGGGGGUGGUGGUGGUCUCGACGGGGUGCAAGGGCGGACGCGUGGGGAAGAAGAGGAGCGGCGGCGGGGAGGAGGAGGCGGAGGAGCAGGAGCGGCAGCAGCUCUCGGUGCUGGCGCUGCUGCUCGCGGCCGUGCGGCGGUCGGUGGUGGCGUGCCGGGUGGAGCGGGAGCCGGACCGCGUCACCGGCGGCGGCGGGUGGGGCGAGCACGACGAGGACGCGGCGGGGCUGGGGGAGAUGGAGAUUGGGUGGCCCACCGACGUGCGCCACGUCGCGCACGUCACCUUCGACCGCUUCCAUGGCUUCCUCGGCCUCCCCGUCGAGUUCGAGGUGGAGAUGCCUCCCCGCGUCCCCAGCGCCAGUGCGAGUGUUUUUGGCGUCUCAGCUGAAUCGAUGCAGUGCACCUACGAUGGCAAGGGAAACUCGGUCCCCACGAUACUGCUGCAUAUGCAGGAGAGGCUGUAUGCUCAGGGAGGGUUAAAGGCUGAAGGGAUCUUUCGCAUAAACCCAGAGAAUGACCAGGAAGAGCUUGUGAGGGACCAGCUGAACAAAGGAAUUGUUCCUGAGGACAUUGAUGUUCACUGCUUGGCAAGCCUGAUUAAGGCAUGGUUCAGGGAACUUCCUGAAGGUGUGCUCGAUAGCCUCUCCCCCGAGCAGGUGCUGCAAUGCAAUUCUGAAGAGGAAUUCCUCGAGCUUGUGACGCUGCUACGCCCCACUCCGGCAGCUCUCCUCAAUUGGGCUGUUGAGCUAAUGUCUGAUGUGGUGGAAGAGGAGGAGCUGAACAAGAUGAAUGCUAGAAACAUAGCCAUGGUGUUUGCCCCCAACAUGACUCAGAUGUCAGAUCCUUUGACAGCCCUAAUGCAUGCUGUCCAAGUCAUGAACUUCCUGAAGACAUUGAUCUUGAGGACGCUUCGAGAGCGUGAGGAUGCAGCUACUGGAGAUUACACUCCGUACUCGUCUCCAGCAUCUUCUGGUCGGCAUUCUGAUGCUGAUUACUAUGGCAGCGAGAGAGAGAUGAUGGACAGAAGCUGUGAAUUGAGUGAUAUGCAUAGCCAAAUUAGCAAGUCCGGGGGACAGGCAGAUUAUCUUGUGCGGUACAAUACCUGUUUUGACAGCGAACAGGAAGCCGAUCAUGACAUCACCGAAGCUGAAGAAGGGUUCCUGAAUAUGCUGGAAAGCCAACUUGAAGAUGACAGACCAGAGGUAAGCACAAGCAAACAGUGUGAAAUAAGCUCGGAGAUUAUGGCCAUGGAGGAUGUCCAUCCUGAGCUGAAAUCUGAAACUAAGGCAAUGGAGGUCCUGGAGGAUAUACAAGAGGAAGAAGGCGCAGAGUUGAAAUGAUCAGAAGUCUGUAUUUCUAGCAAGUUGAUCCUGUGAUUUACUCUCUAAUGCAUUGUUUUGUCAACAUCUAGUUGAAUGUACUGCUUGCUUGUAGUGUAUGAAGUAAACAUUGCUGAUCCUUGGAUAUGGCCAUGUGGGUCAUUCAUAUCUGCCCUAGGACACCACCGAGAUUCAAUGAUGUAUGGUCAGUACUGUAUGGAAAUAUCUCAUUAGUGUGCAGUCAAUGUUACUAUGCCCG